GGAGAUAGAAGUGGAAAGGGAAGAGAGUGAUAGAGAGAGAGACCCCAGUCCAGCCUGAUUUGACACAAGCAGCAUCCAAAUGGGAGCAGACAACAAGCACAAGCAGUCCCCAGCCAGCCAAGAGCAGCCGGCCAAGGGCCAAGGAGACAGCCGGGACAAGAAAGCAGACCAGAAAAAGCAGAAAAAGGAGAAGAAAGCGGCCAAGGCCGGGGCGCAGGAUGAGGCGCACACCUGCUGCGGCUGCCGCUUCCCUCUUUUGGUGGCCCUGCUCCAGCUGACCCUUGGAUUGUCCGUCGCCGCGGUGGCCUUCAUCAUGGCAGCGAACUGCUCCUCGUUACUAGUCAGAGACACCCCACACUGGGCCGGGAUUAUUGUCAGUGUGGUGGCCAUUUUAGGCUUGAUAUUGCUUUGCCUCCCCUAUCAGCCGGAUGAGAAGACUUCUGGGCAGUUUGCCUUAAAGCUCCUGUAUUUCCUGCUGAGCGCCCUCGGCAUUAUCAUCUGUGUCCUAGCUGUGGCCUUCGCAGCUCACCAUUACACCCAAAUCACAAAAUACUCCUGCAAGAUGGAGGACAACUCUUGCCAGUGCACGCUGGACCCUUCCGACCCUCUGAGCCGUACUUUUCUCUACAAGACUGUGGCCGACUGCACCAUGGUCACCACCACCAUCAAACUCCUCUUCCUUCUGCAGAUCACGCUGAACUUACUCCUGGCCAUGGUCUGCCUUGCUACUUGUUUCAUCAUGUGGAAGGACCGCUACCAGGUGUUCUACUCGGGCACCUGGUUUCAAGGCUCCUCCACCAACGAGACCCCACAACAGAAAGUAUAGCAUCUUGCAUGGAGGACUCUGAAGAAUUCUGACUCUACCUUCCUGCCAGAAUUGAUGUCAAGUCAGAUUUACACAAAAGCUGGGAUUACAGCAGGCAGUGCAAUUGCAAUGGGGCCUCGUGGAGAGGGCCCACCCAAACUUAAUGUUAUAAUACGUUUCCUCCAUUUCCAAUGACCACCAAAACAACUGCCAUUUGUAACCUCCCCUUAAGCCAUUUAACAGUCUGAAGUUUCAGUUCUGUCUCUGCAGGAAGGGAGUCAUCUGUUGCUGGGUGACCACCUAUGCCUUAUUCUUCCAUAGAUGACCACUACAACGGCAAAAAAAUAUAUUGUAUGGCCAUUUCUGAUAGAAGCCUCUCGAAUGUAACAUU